GUUCUGCACAUCGAUGGUGCCGGGCGAGGCUAGCUUUAGCCUUAGAAUAUAGCCCCUUUCUUUUCCUUGUCCAGGACUCAGCCUCCUGAAGGGUUGUGGACACGGCCGUGAGGACUGCCCACUUCUGCCAGACCGAAUAGGGCUCUCCUGGAGCCCCGGAGAGGGCCACGUGGACGUCUGUAGAGACAGGCCUUGAACCUGGCUGCUAUGAAGAAUGACCCAUCCACAGCUGCAGCCCCACUUAGGGGGGUCGGGGGUGCCCUAAGCAGCAGCGAAACGGUGCGCGUCGUCCCGUCACCAGCGGUGGCCGAGGCUCUACUGGAGGAGGCGGCCGAUCACCUAGUGGUGCACCGGGACUUCCGGGAGGCGCUGCACACCUGCGUGCGAGCCGGCCAGAGCCUGAGCAACUACACCCUGGCUGACGGGCCUGUGGGCACUUCCUUAGAAGUGAAAUGCUCCCUGUGUGUUGUGGGGAUCCAGGCCCUGGCAGAAAUGGAUCGGUGGCGGGAAGUUAUUUCCUGGGUUCUUCAGUAUUACCAGGUCCCUGAAAAGCUACCCCCCAAAGUCCUGGAGCUGUGUGUUCUUUUAUACAGCAAAAUGCAAGAGCCUGGAGCCAUGCUGGAAGCAGCCAGUGCCUGGAUCCAAGACCCAGACAAUCAGGGCCUUCCAGAAUACAGAGCCUUGGCAGAACUUUACCUGCAGCAGGUGCUACUGCCUCUGGGCUGCUUGUCGGAGGCUGAGGAGCUAGUGGUGGGCUCUGCAGCCUUCAGUGAGGAGCAGCAGCUGGAUGUACUCCAGGUCAUCAGCAUAGCAAGGCAACAGCAGAAACAUGAACACUCUGACUCUGAGGAGGACCAGAAGCUCACCCAGGAAGACUCCUCCCACAAGUUUCUGUCACUACUGAUGUUGCUUCGCCGGCUUUGGGACUCUGCAGUGAGCCAUUUCUUUUCCCUGCCCUUCAAAAAGGGCUUCCUGGCCACCUUGAUUCUCUGCCUCUUGGUGGUGAGGCUUGAUCCAGCAUCUCCUUCCUCCCUGCCCUUCCUCUGCAAGCUGGCUCAGCUCUUCCAUUGGAUCCGGGAGGCUGUGUUUUCUUCUGUCUACUAGCUCUCCAUCCGUGACUGAGUGGUCUUCCCCAUUCACCUCAGCCUCUCCACUCCCCACAGCAGAACAACUCAUCCACGGCACCAAUUUCCUGUUGCUGGCUGGGCCCCUAUGGGAGUGGGGCCAGCUUAAUUCUAGGAAGAGCUAAUCCAAUCACAUGAACUGUCUUGGCUGGUGUCAGGUCAUAUGGAAACAAAGUGGGGCCAGAGGGCACAAGUCCUCCAGAACAGUUCCCUCUUAUACCCAGAGAUGCCUUGUUAAGGAGGAGUUUGGGAAUGGAGAGUGUAUCUAUGAAACAUUCCAUCUUCUUGGCAAAGGCAGGGGGUUGAUUUUUUUGUCAUGGUGUGAAUGAAGUCCUUGAACAUCUUACCCUUCGACCAGGCCUUUAGUUAGCCAGAGUGCCACCUGAGAGGGCCUCUUCUUUUCUCUCUUAUGCUCUUCUUCAUGGAUCUGGCCUGGUUGUUUAUCGGUACACAAUUUCCAUGGUUUUGCAAUGGACUCAAAACAGCCUGGGCCCAAUCUCUAUUCAGACCAGGGCUUGACUUUCAGAACCACCCAGGUGAUUACUGAGAACAAAAUGAAUCUGCUUCGCUCUUCUCACUGGGUAAAGUGAUCUUGCUUGGUGCUUCUUGGGCUUCGGCUCGGUUUUCCAGGCAGUCGGUGGCCAGCCCAUUUGGUUACACUCAGUAUUGCUGCCGUCUCUUUCCCUCUGGUCAAGCCCUUCCCCUGCCAUGCAGUAGUAUUUUUGUGCUUUGUCUAAUGGCUUUUUCACCAGUUCUGCCUGAAUCCUUGCUUUCUGGUAGACACUUGCUGGUUUCCCCUUUCUAUAUCCUAUUCUAAUUAUAAUUUAUUAUUUGUAUAAUGCAGAUGUUUUUCUGCUACUUGUGGCCUUGAAAAGAAGGCCAGCCUUAGAGGUUGGUGAUCUGAAAAUGGAACCGGGUAAUCAGGGAGCUGGAAGGGAUGUGCAUGGAGGGCG